AUGAACUCCAGUUACACCAACUGCAGCCAGGCGGCUGACGUGGCCUUUGUCAGCAUCUACUCGCUGCUCUUCGUGGUAGGUCUGCCCCUGAACCUUGCUGCACUGUGGAUCUUCUUCUUCAGAGGGGCCCUGCGGUCCAUCACCACCAUCUACAUGAAGAAUCUGGCAGCCUCUGACCUGUUGCUGUUGGCGUCGUUGCCGCUGAGGGUGUAUUAUUACAGCAAGAGGCCCCCGCUGUCCCAGAUGGUUUGCGAAAUUGCAGGGCUGCUGCUCCUGGUCAACAUGUACAGCAGCAUCUUCCUGUUGACCUGCAUCAGCUGGGACCGCUGCAUGGCGGUGUGCUUUCCACUCCGCCCCUGGGCCCAAGCCUUGCGCCGACAAGCCAAGUACAUCUGUGCAGGUGUGUGGGCCCUGAGCAUCCUGGGCAGCAUUCCCUCCUACUUUGCAUCCGGGGCGAAGGGGGAAAACGACACGCGCUGCUUUGACAGCCGCCCCCAAUACAUCACAGACCCCCGCAUCUCCAGUGCCAUGGUGGUUAGCUUUGCCGUGCCCUUGGUCAUCAUGGUGACCUGCUCUUGCAGCCUGCUGCGGGUCGUGCACCAGAGCACGGUUGUCCAGAUGAAGCUGGUCAAAGGCGCCAAGAUCCAGCACAUGGUGGUGACCAACGUGGCCAUCUUCCUGGGCUGCUUCUUGCCGUACCACUUGGUGCUGCUUUGGUUCCAAGUGGGAGCGCUGAACAACGCUCACUGGGACAGGGUGUACCGCUGGGCCCUGCUCCUGGCCUGUGUCAAUGCUACUCUAGACCCUUUGGCAUAUUACUUUGCCACAGAGACCUUCCAGCACUUGGUGGCGAUGGACCACCUCUUUCAGCGCAGGGGCUCCCAUACCAACCAUGCUGAGGGGACAGAACGGCUCUCCAGGCCUCUGGAGACACAGCACCAAUCUGCCUGGUCCACUCCGGUCUCUGAGGCGCCAUCAUGCGUCAAGGCACCAGACCUAAAAGAGGCAUCAGCUAGUGGGCCAGGCCAGUUAUAA